AUGGCUACACCAGUUAUCACCCCAAUUGCUCAUUUCAUAAACAACUGCCCAGAUAGAGAUGUGUACGCGUUUGAAGAAAAGACCAAGUUGAUUCUGCAAGAGUGCUUGAAAGUGCGUCAAAAAGAACUUUUUAAGGCAAUUGUGUUCAAAACAAUUACACUUAACGUGCCUUACUUGAAAACCUACAAUUGGCAAGUUAAAGUGGUAAUGUCAAGUGACAGACUGCAAAACGUUAAAGUGCCAAUUCUACAGCUUGAUUUAGUUUUUGAAUCACCAAACAGCAAAGUCAACAAUUCUGUUCCGUUCAACAACAAAUUGUCUUUUGAAUUGACCAAAGAAGAACUGGGUACACUUGUUCAGACGCUGGAAGAUGCCAAACAGAACUUAGUUCAAGCUUUAGCCAUCUAA